CCACCAUUACCAUUUCCAUCACCAAUGUCAUCUCCAUUAUCAUCAUCGGUAUCAUCUCCCUCGGUGUCACCACCACCACCACCACCAUUACCAUCAUCAUCAUCAUCAUCAUCAAAUGAUGUGAACAAUUCAACGGUGGCGAUCACAAGAUCAGAUAAAAAAUGUGAUAUUUUUAAGGGCGAAUGGGUACCGAAUCCCGACGCCCCAUAUUACACUAACACAACUUGUGGGUUCAUCCCUGACCAACAAAAUUGUAUGAAAUUUGGGCGGCCCGACACCGCCUUCUUGAAAUGGAGGUGGAAGCCCAACGGCUGCGAUCUACCGAUCUUCAACCCAGCCCACUUCUUGGAUCUUGUUAGAGGGAAGUCCAUGGCUUUUGUUGGUGACUCCGUGGGAAGAAACCAAAUGCAGUCCUUGAUUUGCCUCUUAUCAAGGGUGGACCAUCCAAUAGACAUUUCCAACACAACAGAUGACAGAUUCAAAACCUGGCUAUACGCAAAUUACAACUUUACCCUUGCAUCUUUCUGGUCACCAUUUCUAGUAAAAACCAAAGAACCUGAUCCAAACAACAAUCACCCCGUGGGCCUCCUCAAUCUCUACCUCGACGAAUUUGAUGAGAAAUGGACGGCCCAGAUCGACCGAUUCAACUACGUGAUCAUCUCAGCCGGACACUGGUUCUUCCGUCCAGUCAUGUUCUACGAGGGUGGGCACGUCGUCGGAUGCAGCAUCUGCCAACACAAGAAUAUAACCGACCUGACCACGUAUUAUGGAUCCCGCAAAGCGUUCCAGACCGCAUUCCGAGCAAUCAACGGCCACGAUCGCUUCAAUGGGACUACGUUUUUAAGGACGUUCUCACCGGCCCACUUUGAAAAUGGGCCAUGGAAUCGAGGAGGGUAUUGUAUGAGAACAAGGCCAUUCAGGAGCAAUGAAAGUAGGCAGGAAUGGUUUUACAGGGAGCUGUACAAGACCCAAGUGGAGGAAUUUAGGAUAGCAAAAGAAGAAGGGAGGAAGAGAGAUGUGCGGUUCAGAUUGCUUGAUAGUACUGAAGCUAUGUCCAUGAGGCCAGAUGGACAUCCCAAUCGGUACGGACACUCGCAACAUGUGCGUGUAGGCAAUGACUGUGUGCACUGGUGCUUGCCGGGUCCGAUUGACACGUGGAAUGAUAUGUUGCUUGAGAUGAUGAGGAUGGACGGUGGGAGAUCUUCUGAUGAGAAGUAUAGUAGUAGAGAGCUAAGAACUAGAUAGUGUAGAGAUUUCUUUCUUGUUUCAGCAGAUUGUAUUGAGUGGCGGGCUGGAGGUACCAUGACCUGAAGCGUGACAUCCAAUCCGUCCAUUAGGUUUGCUUGUGGAUGUUGUCUUGGAUACAAAAUUCAGUAUACGAUCCAACUUACAAGUGGGCCAUACUACAUGAAACAGUAGAAAUGGAGACACACCGUCGGAAACCUACGAGAUGAUGUUUGAGUAUUUUAUAGACCACGGAGAAUGGAUUGGUUCACAUGUAUGGUGAGAAUAAGGGUUUCUUUGGUAGUUUGUAUUUGGUAUGAUUUGGAAUCUAAAUUAGAAUUAUUAUAGAAUUUAUGUGAAUUGGAGUCAGUUGUUGUAUUUGAUA